AUGAAAGGAAAAAUUGAAAUUGCCCCUGCCACUGCAAUUAUGGUAUUCAAGGAAUCAGAAGAAAUGGCCAAGUUGAAGCAACAAGAAGUGGAAAGCGGAUUCGAACUAUUUCGUAAGUUUGCAAAAAUAGUGGAUCCGGCAGGAAACUGGGACAACAUGACUGUGGCCAGGGUCAUGAAUUUCAUGGGUCGUGGUCGCCGCACUUGA